CCGAUUUUGCCAAAUCGACUCCUAUUUCAUUUCAUCAACAAAAUAAUAUUAGUUUAGAUAAUCGAGCUAAGUAUAGAAGUUUGUAUAGGUUUGGAAAUUCAACACAAACUUCUCGAAAAAAUAGCAAACCACUCGUUAAAUUUAGUGCAACCAUACUCGAACUUCGAACGAGUUAAUAAUGUAUCUCGAAGUGAUUGUAAUAACAUUCGUCAUAUGGGGAUUACGAACCGAUAGUAAUAGCAGAGAAAUUUGUCCAAACUCUGUGAGAGAUAAUCUACAUCUUCAAGAGUGUGAAAAUAAACAGUGUGUGCAAACAUGUUGUGUGGAAGAGGAAAUCGAACAAGAAAAAAACUGCGCUAAUUUGUCGUAUAUGCUAACAGAUUUCCUCGAUCUAAAUAUAUCGUUAACACAUUUAAUUAACAGCGAAACAACGAGAGAGUGUAAUGAAACUAUUUGGAUUUCUCACGAAGCGAUAGACUCAAUCAAAGAAGAUGAUUUGAAUGUAAUACAGAGUUUACAAUUGCCUCUGAACUAUACUCAAUUUUGUAUAGAUGUUUCUCUUACCAAUGACAGCAUGGGCCUAUUCGUGUGUAUUUUCAGAAAUGACUCUGAAAAAUCUUCCGUAGCCCUUGAGGAAAAUAAUUCUACGGAUAUUUCAUUUGAUGCCUUGGAGAACUUUUGCAGGGGCAAAAAGUGUGUGAGAAAGUGUUGUGGACUAGAACAGUUCGUAUUAGAUACUACCUGUGCAGAAACAAUGCCUAUUUACAAUUUCAGUUUCUAUCUAUCGGACCAUAAUUUUAGUGAUGAGACGCAUCUUCUGAUCCAUAGGGAAUUGUACUGUUAUAAUGAUUCUCUCAAGAUAAAAAUUGACGAUUUCAACAUCAAUUUCAAUGGAUCGAUCUAUUGGAGAACUGGAAGUUCAAGUAUAGAAAUCGAUAAUUAUUGCCUGGAUAUUUUCACCGGAGGCAUCGAAAUGGAAUAUGAAGAGGGUGAAUUUGUUGUUGCAGCUCUGAUUUGCCUUGGAUAUGAAUCUGAAAUUAUAAUUGAUGACAAAAUACGUAUAACAGGUAGGACACAGCAUUCUGAUAUUUUAAUCAAUAAUUGA